ACAUAUUUCCUCAUGAGUUGUGAACGCCUUUAAAAGUCUGGUAUGGUGUGUGUGAUCUGUUCAGAUUUGAAAAGUCAUGUUUAUUCCAGCCUUUAGGGAUUUAGAACAACCCCAAACCACAAUGUUUAAGGAAUAUCAAUGCAGCUCGGCACAACAAUUGAGAAAUAAACAAAUUAGCAUGACUUUGGCAGGACUUUAGAGUUUUGUUUACAUCUCUCAUAGAGCGAUAUCCAGACUGUAGGUAAAUGUCCACAGCGGACAGGGGGUGGAGCUGGUGUGUGUGGUUUAAUGCCAUCCGCCCUCACAAUACCCCACCGCACACCCUCCCUCUCCUCCAGUCAGACAGCCCUUUCUCCAGCUCUCCAGCAGCACAGAAACUCAUCUCUAACGCCACAGUGCUGCUCUCGAUGUCAGACAGUCUCCUCUCGUGGAGUGGAAAUCAACACUGUUUAAUUCAGUUCAGUUGUCAGUGUUGCUUCAGUGCGUGGCACACCAAUCCUCCGGGACACGUCAGACAGGUCCUUGACUCUGGAACCAAAAUCUCCAUCCGUAAGGAGGCGUGGGGCCCACUUGGCGUAUUUGGAGAUUAACCACUAAAGAGUGCUGGGAUUCGAUCAGGAGGUGUUCACGCAGAAGGACGGUUCGUGGCAACAUGCGUGCGCUCCUCUCAGAGAGAGCAUGAUGGGAUUUUGGCUUCUGUAGGGACUUGCAGUCAGCUUUUCUUCACUUUUAUGAAUCAUUACAGAGGAAUCUGUUGGAUAAACAUCUGUUUGAAGCUGUUUUCCAAGUGAUUACUUCUUUCGGAGUUGUGUACAUAAAGGAUGUAAGACAAGAACCUGCACAGUAAACAUUUAAAAGACUGCACAUCAACAGCUGCUUAUGUCAACAAGUGCUUCCAAAUUCUUUAAACAUAUAUGUGUGUGUGUGUAUGUGUGUGUGUGUGUGUGUGUGUGGGUGUGUGUGUAUUUUAAUGAGUGAUAGUUUGCAGGUCUUUUGAGAUGGUUGGCAUAUCCUUCAAUUAUUCGUUUUUGUGUGAAAGUGUAAUGCUGGCUGGGAGAACAGCUAAUGGGUUUCUAUUCGCAGCGCUCAUUGUUUAAGGCUGGUUGCUCAUCACCGUACACAUUGAGAGGACAUUUUUCUAUAUUUAUUUUUUUCCACACUCCUUUUUUGCGGCUGGUUACUUCAACAGUGCAGAUUGCGAGAACUUUAUCUCCCUCUUUUCCUGUUUUGGCAAAAAGUCUCCAAAGUUGAAUGCAGUAUGAGGAUAUUUGGACAUUUUUACACCUUUGGCAUCCCUGGAUUUCUGGAGGAAUGCAGUGCGUACCCUGGACGAGCCUCUGAUUUUUCAUAAACAGAAACUACAGCACUCCUUUACUCUUCUAAAGAGAAAGGGUUGGAAUAUUGAUCAAUGCCAUUUUUACCCAGAGGUCAGCUGAACAGACGUUCUGUGGAGUCUGGAUAAGCCGGGCAGACGGGACUCAAUGCUUCUCCUCAUUCUAAGAUGAAGUUAUGGAAGUUUGCUGCCAUCGGCCUGAUUCUCUGUGGUGCUGCACUUCCUCUGCUCGUCCUUAAAACCGCUCCCUCUUCCCGAGCCCCGCCCCCUCCUCCCCACCGCAGAGCUUCAUCCUCAUCACUUUCACCUUCAUCAUCUUCAUUCACAACAAGCAAUUCGUCUACGGUUGGGGCAGGUGGGCGGCAACGGAGGGUCAGAUCAGCUGACGGAGGAAACUCUCUCGUAUCAGAAUUCAUGAAGAUGUUCCAGAGCUUCACAGAGGGCGAGCUGAAGCAGGUCAUUGGGACACUGGUGGAAAGAAAAGCCCGCAGAGAUGCCCAGAAGAGCAAGAGGACUAAACGGGCAAAAAAGCGAUCCAAACCCUGCUCGCUACAGGAGGUGGAGGUGACGGUCAGACAGCUGGGACUGGGAUACGAGAGUGAAGAGACUAUACUCUUCCAUUACUGCAGCGGAAAGUGCACAACUAGCCGCAAAAACUAUGACCUGGCGCUGGCGAAACUGAAGCACUCGCAGCUGCUAACAAGGGAACAGAAGGACAAAGCGCGCCACAGCCCCUGCUGUCGGCCCACCGCAUAUGAGGAGGACAUCUCCUUCCUCGAUAACUUCAACAAAUACCACACAAUCCAAGAGUUCUCGGCCAAAGCAUGUGGAUGUGUCUGACCUUGAGGGUCAAAACUCAUCGGAGUUCUCAAAACUUUUAAAAAACAUAACAUUAAUCAGACAUUAAUCUCUGAAAAAAAAACAGACCCUCGAUUCGGAGAAGAAAAUCUUCUGGGCUUAAAGCAGAAGAGGCGGAGCUUAUAUCUUGCAUCGCCUUCACGAAACAUACUCAGCUGACAGAUUCUCCUCAGAUACUUCUGCAAGUCCCGAUGAAGAGAAACCAAAAAUAUGUUAAGCAAAAAAAAUAUUCUCAUGUUCAGUCAUUGCUAAUGAGAUGCUGCUGUAUAUCUCGUUUCUAUUGCCUUCGUGGGUCGAUUUCAAAUAGCUUGAAAUGUUGGGUGGAUGCUCAGAGCUUCAAUGUCGAAAACCUCUAGAAAAUUCAUUCAGGCUUCAGUAAACAAAGCAAGUGCACAAAGGCACACCCAAUGCUGAACAAAACUUCCUCAUUGUGUAACUGGGCUGUAAAUGAUCCCAGCAGCUCUGGAAGGUUUCAUCUCUGACAUUUCAAAAGGCAAGACAUUCCCACAAAUCAAAUUCAAACAGACAUUAUACUAAACAUCUACCUCAGCUUUGCUAUAGUCAACAUGGUAAAAGAAAACCCAAUAUUUGAUCCAAAUAUUGACUUUUAUUAAAUGUUAUAAUAAUCAAACAAAAAGUCUUCUAAAGGAUGGAUUUCAAAACGCUAGGUAUCGCAAACUGGUUUCAAGUCGUUCCAAACACAACUAUGUCACAUCCUGUGAAAUCUGUCAAAUCCGAUUGGCCAAAAUAUGCAGACAGGUUAUGAUUUUUUUGGCAAAAAAAUCUGACCAAAAGUAGUAUAUUCCAACCUUCAUAACAUGAUGAAUUGGAAUGUAUAAAUGGUUCAAAUUCCAUGCAUUUAUGAAACAAUACUACAAUGUCCAAAACAAUACUACUAUGCUUUUUUGGCAAAUUGGUGAUUUAUACUCACUCGUAUGCUUUCACACAAUCUGCUCAUGCCCAAGUGAUGGUUACAUUUAGGGGUUAUUUACAUUCAUUCUUAUUAUUUUGCGACAAAUCAUACAUUUUUGUACUUCACAUUGUGUGAAUUCAUAUGAAAUCGCCACCUUGUAAAAUAGAUAGGGUUGCAGUGUCUCCACAAGGUUCUCCGAAUCUUCCAGUCAGGUUCUAUACAGAGAGAAAUUUGUUCAAUUUUUGUGCAUCAAUAAUAUCCAAAUUGUGCUUUGCCCAAAUUAUGCUCCUAAAGUCAAUUUGCACUGCUCUUCAGAGAAAAAUGUAUUUCAUACUUCUAGAUCCUUGUAAAUGGACUGAACUUGAAGGCAACCUCUCGGCAGCAGCCGGUGUCAGUCUUCCCUUAGUUAACCUGACCAAAUCUACUUUAUUUGUGUAAAUCCUAUAACAGAAGAGUCUAAUCCACUUUAGCUCCUGUCAAGCCUUGGCCAAAAAUACAGAGAACUAAAGAGGGAAGAACCUACCUGCACAAGCAUUGAAUAAGUCUCUAAAUAAAAUCGUGUCCUGAUUUUAGCUCUAAACUCCACCAAAAUAAUCUCAGGCAUUAAACAAGCACAGAUACUAGAGAAACUAACUCCUCGUUUCGACUUUCUGUAGUCAAUCAUGUUUGCUUUGACAUGAAAAGAACUCUUUAAAAUAAUAUUAUAUAAUACUAUACUUAGUGGAUUACAAGUGCAGUAAGACACGUACACGUGAUGUCAACAGACUGCGAAAGUAAUUGCAUGCAAUAUUAACUGGAAAAAGAAUUUGGAAUACAAAUGAAAUACGAUGAAUCGAGUGUUGAAAACACUGUCUUGUGCUCAGGAAGCAGACGAGUGUCCCUUCAAGCCACAUGUAAGUCUGAUCAGUUCAUCAGCACUGAUGUAAUUACAGGAGAAGACUUAAGCCUGGCCUUUAAACUCAAAAACCAUGAGCUUGCAAAGGUGUGCAGACUUUGUGCUACUAUAACGACUCUUUUGAUUUCAUUUUGUAUAUAUAUUUUCACAUACAGACAAAAAAUAUAUAAAACCAAAUAGAAGAUUUAUGCAAUACACUAAUACAGUAAUGUGCAUGUAUAUGGUUGUAAGAAUCUAUUAGCAUGCUAAACUAGAACAAUAGAAUCUAAUUUCACAUUCAUAAUCCAAAACCAUAUGCAAAAAAAAAAAAAUGUUUCAUGGACGAUUUUCAGCAUGAUAUUGCUUUUAUGCAAUUAAUAGUUCACCCAAAAAAUGAAAACUCUGUCAUUAUUUACUCACCCUAAAUGUUGUUCCACAACUGCAUGACUUUCUCUCUUCUGUGGAACAUAGAAGAUAUUUAGAAUUUUUUUAGAAAAUACAUUUCUUGGGAUAUUUCUAAAAUAUCUUCUUCUAUGAUGAAAGCAUUCUCAUUUUCAAGUGAACUAUACUUUUAACUGAUAUUUCAGAUUAAUUAUGGCUAUCUUUAUACUGAUACACCUAAAAACAGAACCAUUUAAAUUGACUGUUCUGCUACAUUGUUACAAACAAAAAUAUAAGCGUCUGGUCUGAUAAAAAUAGCUUGCUGAUGUAUUUGCUGCACAGUUAUACUUUUUUAGGUGAACAAAUAUUUCCAAAUGAUGUCAAGCGAAGUUAACAAAACAUCAACACUCCUGUCAAAUAGAAAUGGUGCUGUAUAUCCAUUCAUAUCUAAAUCUGUCACUCUGUGGUUAAUCGUAUUUGUUCUUUUACUUUUUC